GUUGGCGCCUCCUGUUGGCGGAGGAGAGGAGCUGCAGGUCGAUGGGUUUCUGUCAGUGAGAGCUGCAGACUGAGAGAGGAGCGACAGAUACUCCGCGCACUAACAGGGGGAUGUCUAUCAGGAUGGAGAUGGAUGUCAGCGAGGGGUCUCGGGCUCAUGUCUCCAUCCUCCCUGCUGCUGAGAUCAAAGCCACCCUGAAACCAGAACCAGAGAGACCCCGCUGUGCCAGCACCCCCUGUUCCCCCAUCAGGGGCACCGUGUCCGGGUAUCACAUCCUGCACAUGGACUCCAACUACCUGGUGGGCUUCACCACAGGGGAGGAGCUGCUCAAACUGGCCCACAGAUGGUCGGAGGGGGGUCCUGAGAAGAGUCCAGUCUCAGAGUCAUUGUCCGGAACAGUGCAGACCCCCCUCCCCAAGUCUGUGGACCUGUCAGUCCACCGGUCCUCCCGAGUCUUUAAAGGAAAGACGCGAUACUACCAGCCGUAUGACAUACCGGCCUCUGGGGGACGCAGGAGGAGACGCAUGCCCAGCUCCUGUGAGACCUUCCUCAGACCCCCAGGCCAUGGAGAAACAGGGAGGGGUCUGCACGCCCCACUCCCCCUCUGCCUGCUGAAAGGGAAGAGGGCCCAGUCCAAGUCCCUGGACUACCUGAAUCUGGACAGACUGAGUCUGAAGGACUCGUCAGACACAGACGGGUUACAGCACCAGCUGCAGCACCUCACCCUGAGGGGGGAGCGAGUGUUUACCAGGAACAAGACUUGAAGCUGAUUUAGACACCUGCCCCCUCCCCCCAGGGAUUAGGUGCUAUUUCCUGCUCCCUCCCUCUCUCUCUCUCUCUCUCUCUCUCUCUCUCUCUCUCUCUCUCGCUCUCUCUCUCCUCAGAUAACAGCAGAGAUGAUCUGAUAAUCCUGUUAGAUUAUUAUCGAGUCGGGAGAGGGGUUAGAUAAUGUGAAUCAUUUAAAUUUAGCAAUAACAGGUGAACAUGUUACUGUGUGUGUGUGUGUGUGUGCGUGUGCGUGUGUGUGUGUGUGUGUGUACACAGGUGUGUUUACAGAAGCACAUAUCACAGACUGAACCUGCUCUGAUCUCAUCACUGUCAGUUGAAUUAUAGAUGAACUGUUGGGUCAUACAACAGGGUGUUUAAACGUCUUAUUUCAAUGAAGAUCAUCUUCAUCAUCAUCAUCAUCAUCAUCAUCGUCACUGCUCUAUUUUAAGUCCAUCUGAACGUUCAGACUCUGUAAACAAGAGGAACGUUCUCUCAGCUCCAGUUGGAGAACCCGCCUCCUUUUUUUCUGUUUCUUUGAACAGACAGCCUCCAUCUUUAAACCCUGUGUAACAGCUUUAGCCUUAAAAUGUUCCUGAACACAGCGGUGUGAAGCCAGGGUGACGUCUGAAUCCACACGUCUGAUUUAAAACUCUGUUAUUGUGAGGACUCUGAGGAUUUCAGGUUUGAAAACACCUGUUCACUGCGUCUAUACUGAUACUAAGGUCAUCUCUUUGCUCUUUAAAAUGUCAUGUUUCCGUGGUUCUUCUUCCCUGUUUGAAUAGUUAGUGAUGUUUUAGGCAGAGAGAAGAGAGAGGGGCAGAAAGUUUCCCACAGACGGACUCGUUGGACUUUCUUUGUCUCUGCCCACAGCUGAAAGUUUGUGUUCGAUUUCACCCAGAAUCCACACUCUCUCCUCUCACACUUAAUUGCACAAGAAGCAUCACCUGACUUGGAUCAAUAUUGACCAAUGAAUAUAUCCAACUCUUCACAUAUACUCGUAUCUCUGUCUCCGUGUUGGUGGACUUUGGGUCAUUUUCCUGUCUGUUUUUUUCUGAUGAGCGAGAAUCUUUGAGCUGGCAGACAUUUUGUUCAACAUUUUGUUAGAUUCAGAAUUAACACCUGUGUAAGACAAGCUAAUUAACACAUUAAGAAUACUAUGAAUUACAAUAAAACUGGAUAAAAAGUU